AUGACGCCAAAAGUUAUUGAUAAAUCUAUAUUUGAUUGUGGUGGGAAGACCUUAAUUUCGUUGGCUAGUGAUGGGAGUACUUUAUGUGUGGCUAAUAAGAGUGGGUUGGCUAAAGUUUUGCAGACUGAAAAGCCAGAGGAAGAACCUGAAGUUUUGGAGACAUCGAAGAAUUUGACCUCUGUUCAUUGCGACACUAAUUCAAGUUUCAUCUUGACCACAGUCGAGGGUGAUGUGUAUAGGUAUAAUUUUAAGAAUGGUAAGGAUCAGUUACUGGCUAGGUUUGCACUUCCGAUCCGUGACAGUACUUUGGCUCAUUCUGGGAAGAUCGUUGUCAUUGGUGGUGAUGAUUUAGAGUUGGCCCUGAUUGAAUUGGAUGGUGAGACUCCAAAGAAACAUACUGUGAAAGUGGUGGAACAAGUCUCUCAAUUAUCGUGUACCUCUCAAACAAAUAUCCUUUCGGUUUCUUACACAAACGGUGUAGUUCAGUUUUUUUCACUGAACUCGACAAAGCCAAACAAGGUUCAUGAAAUUACAUCUGUUAUUCCAGCCAAUUCUUAUAGGGAUUCUACGGGUAACAAUGCAUUAGACGCUAUAUUAGAUGAUUCUAUUGAUGAUAGUGAUGACGAUGAGGAAGAAAAGAAAGUGAAGGACCCAGAAUUCUGUGACGAAAAUAGAAUCUGUACUAGGGCAGCUUGGCAUCCCACAGGUUUGCAUUUCGCAUUGCCUUCCAAAGAUAAUAACGUUCAGGUUUAUUCGAUUAGAGACUAUAAAUUAGAGAGGACCUUGACUACUUCUACAAAAUAUCCAUCUCAUUUUACUGAUUUACAAUUCGAUACUUUGAACGGUAGUUAUAUAGCUAGUAUUGACUUAAACAACGUAUUGGUAGUUUGGGAUUGGGCAAAUGCAAAAGUGAUCUAUACUGACACUUUCAAAAAUAAAUUGACUAACAUUACAUGGAAAGUACAAAAAGAGUCCAAUAAAUUAGAUCUUAUUUUAUCUACUUGGUCAGGUGAUGUUAUUAGCAUUCAAGAUCUUGUAGAAUCAACUCCUAAUCUAGAGAAAGAAGCUAGCAAAGAAGGAACAGGAAGAUCAAACCUAUUUGUUGAUUCCGAUAUAAGUGAAGGUUCUGAUGAAGAAGAACAAGGUGAUCCAAAUAAUGAUGAUGGCCAAGAGAAAGAAAGCUCCAAGAGAAAAUAUCAUUUUGAUGAUGAAGAAGAUUUCAUAGAUGACGACGACGGUGCAGGAUACGUUGCUCCAAAAAGACCAGAUAAUAUCUCGACAAAUUAUAAACAAACAAACAAUAGAAGUCACUCUGGGAUUGUAAGGACACCAAAUUUCCAUUAUGGUCCAAUUUCCCCAGGUGCAACACCAUAUGGUAAUAGUGAUAGACGCUACUUAACGAUGAAUAGCAUAGGUUAUGUUGUGAGUGUACGUAAUAAUGACCAAAAUAGUGUUACUGUUUCUUUCUUCGAUUUAGGGAAAUUCAGUGAAUAUCAUUUUGAAGAUUUAUUUGGAUACGACAUUUGCUCUUUAAAUGACAGAGGAACUUUGUUUGGUCAAUCCAAAACAGGACAAAUACAUUAUAGACCACACAGCUCGCUCAACGCAAAUUGGACUAAAUCAAUCCCAUUGCAGAGAGGUGAACGAAUCACUUGUGUUACUGCAACUCCAAAAAGAAUUAAUAUAGGGACUUCAUAUGGGUAUUUAAGAACUUUUAAUCAAUUUGGUGUUGCUAUCUCUGUGGAAAAAAUGUCUCCAAUUGUAUGUAUGGCAGCCUAUGAAUACAAAGUAUUUACAGUACAUUAUUCGGUAUUCCAUGGUGUCUCAUAUUCAUUAUUUGAACAAUCUCCUUCUAACUUAAGAUACUUCCAAAGAGAAUGCCCACUUCCAAUCAUGUUACCACAAGGAAACCCUGAAGUUGAUCGCGCAUUUGAUUCUGACUUCACUCAUUUCAAUCCUAUGGGUAUUAAGAGUAUCUUCUUCUCAAUUUAUGGUGACCCAUGUAUAUUUGGUAACGAUAAUGUGUUAUUAAUUCUCUCCAAGUGGAGGUCAGCAAUGAAGAGUAGAUGGAUACCUAUCCUCGACAGUAAUAUGGAAGUCUGGAAAAUGUCAGGAGGCAAGGACUCUAACGACGUUCAUGUGUGGCCACUAGGAUUAACAUACGAUACAUUAAACUGUAUUCUUGUAAAGGGUAAAAACCCAUGGCCAGACUUUCCAUUACCAUUGCCAUCUGAGCUUGAAGUUAGAAUUCCUACGUUGGUAAAGAGUCAAAUCUUGCAAGAAACCAAAAACAAGAAGAAAUUAAGAACUGAAGAAGGUAUUUUAGACGAUGAAGAAGAAGAUGGUGAAGGUGAAGGAAAUGAAGAAUUGGAAAUUCCAGUCAACAUGGCUGCAGAAGAAGAAUAUUUACGUGCUAAAGUUUUAUCAACACUUCUGAAUGACACUUUGGAUAAUGAUGGUGAACUAUACGGAAAUGAAAGAGAGAUAUUAAAGGGUCUAACCGGAGAACACGACAAAUCAUUACUUAGAUUAUUCGCCGAUGCCUGUGCAGAACAAAGUUCAGAUAAAGCACUUUCAAUUGCUCAGGAAUUAGAACAAGAUAGAGCACUAAAUGCAGCCAUGAAAAUUUCAGAAAGAGCAGAAUUGAUGACACUUGUAAAGAAAAUCAACACUUUGAGAGAAGCUCGAUUUGAGCAACAACAGUAA